AUGGCCGAGACGGCGGUCGGGCUGGCCGGUUCCAACCUAACCGCGACCGAGGUGGUUCUCGAGAAGAUCGGCGACUUCCUGAACUUCUACUACGUGCCGGCGCUCGUGCUGUUCGGUACCAUCGGCAACAUCCUCUCGGUGCUGGUGUUCUUCAAGACCAAGCUGCGGAAGCUAUCCUCGUCCUACUAUCUGGCCGCGCUCGGUCUCAGCGAUACGGUGUACCUGUUCGGACUGUUCGUCACCUGGCUGGACUUCUUCCAGGUGCACAUCUACACGCGCGAACCGUACUGUCAGCUGUUCACGUACAUGAGCGGCGUCAGCAGCUUCCUGUCCGUCUGGUACGUCGUGGCCUUCACCUUCGAGCGCUUCAUCGUCGUGCGGUAUCCGCUCAAGCGCCAGAGCUGGUGCACGGUGCGCCGGGCCAAAACCAUUAUCGCCUGCCUCACGAUGUUCGGCAGCGUGCUGUGCGUGCCGUACAUCUUCUACGCCGGGACGCAGCUCUCCGAGCGCAACAAUCUGAUCAUCUGCGACUUGCGGAAGGAGUACAAGGCCCAAAUGGAGAUUUUCAAUUACAUCGAUACGGUGAUAGUAUUCGUAGUGCCAUUCACGAUAAUCGUCGUUCUCAACUCGGUCACCAGCUUCACCGUGUGGCGCUUUGCCGGAUUGCGCCGUAAUAUGACGCUGCCCAAGAGAAAACCGUCGAAUUUAGAAAUCCGCCGGCAGAUGAGCUUCCAGUACUUCUCGACCCAUCCGAACGGUCGCAACGGUAUACUGAGGCGCCCCAGCAUGAGAGAGAACCGGAUGCUGCAUUCCCAGAUGAAGGUGACCAAAAUGCUGCUCCUGGUGUCCUCGGUGUUUGUGUGUCUCAACCUGCCGAGUUACGUGAUGCGGGUCCGUGCAUUCGUGGAGACCCAGCCUUCCUAUCACUUGAUACUGCUGCAGUACUAUUUUUACAUAUUUUUCAUCACCAACUUCGGCAUCAACUUUAUCCUGUACUGUAUCAGUGGGCAAAAUUUUCGGAAAGCUGUGAUAGAAAUGUUUCGAAGGCAACGACAGAAUCGAGUAAACCAGGAGGCGAUCAGUGGCUGCGGUACUCAAUCAGAACUUCUUCGAGCUUACGGCAACCUAGCGCUGAGACGACCGAGCACGCCGAUGUUGUCAACCACAACAACCACCACAACGAAUCGCACGGCCGAAACACUCCUGUGGAAAGAGUACGCCGACUCGCCGCCAGUUAUGAAUUUACCCUGA